AUGUCGAGCUCCUCGAUCGUCUUCCAUCAGGGCUUAAGAUGUACCAAAGUUCCACGCAAGUCCAAGGCGAUAGCCACCCCAUCAACUUUCUCGCCAGAGUCGGCUACGUCGUUGCCCUCAGCUGCAACUAGUACAUCUCUGUCGGACCCAGCUUCAACGCAGGUCCCAGCGGCGUUGAAUGGCACCCCCACGUCAAGCACGUCGUCUACGUCGAUCUCAGCGUCGGCAUUACCGGUAGUUGCGACAUCAGACACAACGACCACCACUGUAAUCUCAACUGGCUCAAUUACUGGUUUUGUAUCUUCUCACACGUCUACUCAAACAACUUCCACUUGGUCCAGCGGGCUCGAGACACCGACGAUACACACAGGGUCGCCUACCGGUCUUCUUACCCCAACUUUAACAUCAGCCGGAAUCAACCCUUUACAGACCAACGCCGAUCGACACACUUCCGGCCCAGGCGACAACGAUGCCUCGCAGGCCUCGCUCCGCACGCUCCUGGGCAGCGUCUUCGGGGGAAUGGUGUUUAUCGCUCUCGUCUUUCUCGCCUUUGUCCUGUUUUACUGCCGUCGGCGGCGAAAAUCUCGCACAAGCUGGGCCUUCAGUCCUGCCGAGAAGCUCCUUCGCAGCGGCCGAGACUCUCUGAACUCCCCAACGAGCCCGCACAGCGGCCGCCACUCCAACACGUCUUUGUACUCCGACGGGUCCUCCAUUCGCUCUCUGUACCACUACCUGGCCGCGCAGCAACCCUUGAUGAGCAGUCCCAUCACGGACCAUCACGCCCGCCACUCCAACCCCUUCUCCGACACGGCCGCACUCCAACGCAGCUCGCUCUCCAGCAUCGACGGUCAUUCGCCAGGACUGCUCAUCGACACCAGCGAUCCGCCCCCCAUGCAGCAAGCCGUCCUCCCCCGACGCGCCUUCUCCGCGGACUGGGGGACCGCUCGACCGGGAAUCACAGCGCCCGAGUUUCCUUUAGAUGCGGCCGACCAGGGGUCCAUCCACAGUAGCGAGCGCAGUCUCGGUAGCACCGUCAUCUUACCCGGUCGCAGCAGUAUGGGCAGCAGCCUCCAGCGGUUCAGCUACCAGAUGUCUCUAGGUGAACUGGGUGCCCAGGCGGGAGCGGCUGGGGCGGGUGCUCCCAGCGAGCCGGUCACACGCGUGAGCACCCGCAGUGACCCGUUUGAUCUGGAGGUGCCCGCGAAGGCGAUGCAUCGACGGAGCUCGGGUGCGUUGCCCGGGGGGAUCCUGCCACAGGUGUGA